AUGAGAGAAACCCAGUUACCGGCACCUCAAAAACCCAGCGUAUGUCUACUAUCUCAAUCGGCGGGCAAGCAGUUGCGUCUCGGGGUAACACAAGUGGGCAUAUUGUCACCCAGUGGGGUGGUAAAGGCGAUGGAGCUCAUUGAGAACGGAUCCGAUGCCACUUUGAUCACCAAACGCUUCGCCGUAAACCGAAACAGGGACACGGUACCAACCCGACCAGUUCGAGGUGCCGUUGCCAUGAAGGACGGGGUACAACCAAUUGCCGAACAAUCACGGGAUAACCCCAAAAUGGUUAGAGUACCUUAA